AGAUAUCGCGGGAUUUGAGUCAUGUGGCACUUUGUGAAACGUGCAGUCUCCGUCUUUUUCCCGAAGUACAGCGGCAGGGCUGACGUGCAGUGCGGCCGCUGCGGAGAUUUUCUAAUCAUGGUGGUGUUACACGUGUUGUUCGAGCAUGCGGCGGGCUACGCGCUGUUCGCCGUCAAAGAGGUGGAGGAGAUCGGCAUGCUGCUCCCUCAGGUGGAGGAGAGCGUGUUGAGCCUGGCAAAGUUCAACAGCAUGGUGAGCCUGGCUGCCUUCUUUCCCUUCAAGUCGGCUCAGGCUGCCCUGGAGAACAUGAAUGCCAUUUUUGCAGGUGUGGUUCACGCUGACCUGAAGUUGUUUUUGGAGACAAACUUGCCCCUUUCUGGGAAGAAGAAACCUUCCUUGGGGGUUUCCGAUGCCAAAAUUGGAGCAGCUUUACAAGAAGAGUUUAACAUCUCUAUCCAAACUGGUGGCGUGGUAGCUGAGAUAACAAGAGGUGUGCGGUUGCACUUCCACUCCCUGGUGAAGGGUCUGACUGCCCUGGCAGCAUCCAAGGCACAGCUCGGUCUCGGCCACAGCUACUCCAGAGCUAAAGUAAAGUUCAACGUCAACAGGGCCGACAACAUGAUCAUCCAGUCCAUUGCUCUGUUGGAUCAGCUGGACAAAGACAUCAACACUUUCUCUAUGCGUGUGCGUGCUAAAAAAGUACGUUCUUCUUCAGUGGACGGCUCUGUUACAAAGCCAGCUACAUGCACACCUCAGCAAGCAAAUGUCCUCACUAAGUCCAUACUGAACAUGUUGGUGACGGACAUGAGACCCCUGUCCAUGGUGGACGAUGAAGGGUUUAAAGAGAUGAUUAAACAGUUCAACCCGGAUUAUCAUGACAACUACCUACCAGACAGAUCCCACUUCACCACAUUGAUGGAGACGAAGUAUCAUGCAACCUUUGAGAAGGUAAAGGAGACCCUCAGGGGCAUCAACAGUUUCCUCACACUGACUGCUGAUGUGUGGACCAGUCAUGCAACAGAGGCUUACCUUGAAGUGUCUUGCCAUUUCCUGAGUGAAGAUUGGACGAUGAAGACCUUCAACCUUUCCACCAUGCCUCUUGAGGAGUGGCAUACUGGUGCAAAUAUAAUGACAUGGAUGGAAGAGGUUUUAGCAAAGUUUGACAUCUUGCCCACCAAGAUAAAAGCAGUAGUUCAUGACAGUGGUUCCAAUAUGGUGGCAGCAAUGCGACUGCUUGAAGAAAAACAUGGAUGGGCCUCUAUCGGCUGUGCUGGACACACACUCCAGCUCAUAGUCAACACUGCUCUCAAAGAAACCACCAUCAGCAGAGCACUAGGUGCUGCUAGGCAGCUAGUGGAGCACUUUAAGAGAAGCGAGCUGGCCAGUACAAAGUUAGAGAUGAAACGGGAACAAAUGAUGGUUGAGCAAAAUGCACUGAUCCAGGAUGUCGGUACAAGAUGGAACAGUACAUUCUACAUGAUUGAAAGACUCCUUGAACAGCGCUGGCCUCUCACUGCCACUCUGUUAGAUCCUGAGGUAACUCCAAAGGGGAAACACUACUUUGACCUGAAGCCAGAGCAGUGGGAGCUGCUUGAAGAAUUGAAGCAAGGGUUGGCACCUUUUGAGACUGCUACUGUUUACCUUAGUGGACAGCAGUACACAACCAUUUCAGGUCUUCCACAGGUGGUCAAAGAGCUGACACAGGCUGUACACCAAAGCCAAUUUGAGACAAGCUCAGGAAAAUCCUUCAUUUCCAGUGCAGAAAAAGGGCUAACAGAGAGAUGGGGGAGUAUUUGCACUAUCUCAGGAGACAACGAAAGUCCAGUUCUUCUUGCAGCUGCCUUGGACCCGAGAUACAGAAAGCUGAAGUUUCUGACUCCUGAAGAUGGCAUCAGACUGCAGGGGAGUAUUGAAGUGCUUGCUGUCAAAGAAGCAAAAACGACUGGGACACAGGAUGCAAAACUGCAGAGGGCCAAUGGUUCAGGUAGAAAGAGUGCUCUGGAAACCCUUCUUCAGUCUGACACAGACAGUUUCAGUGAAAAUGAGGGUGGAGAAUCUGAGGAGGACAGAAAGAUCCAAGUUGUGAUGAAUGAAGUUCGGCUGUACUUUGGAGAGGCCUCACUCCCUGAAAAGGAGGAUCCACUGAGAUGGUGGAGUGAAAAUGAGGAGCGUUUCCCCACACUGUCAAAGCUAGCUAAAUCUUUUCUGUGCAUUCCAGCAACCUCCACCCCAUCGGAGCAGAUUUUCUCUGCAGCAGGGAACAUCUGCUCUCAAAAGAGAGCAAGCCUUUGUCCAAGACAUGUAGAAAUGCUAACUUUCCUGGCUAUGAACAAGAGUCUUAUGCAGUUUGGGAUUAUAUAGUCAGAGUGUAGUAAAGUUGAAUACAGUGGUGAGCACUGAGAACAAAAUGCACUUUUGUUAUAUUUGAGUCAGUGAGACCAAAGCUUUAAUAAUUCCUUAGUUACAGGUGCCUGCCUCAUUGUUGCUAUGUUUGAUGCCAAAGACAAAUUAAGGAAAGAAAAAACCUAAAAUGUAAACCUAAAGCAUUUAUUUCUGUGUUGUUUAGGCAAGUGCCUUUUCCUUAUUUUACUCAGCUGUUUGCACCUUAUGCUACACACAAACAAUUGUUUGUUGCUACAAGCAUAUUUCAUUAAAGGUUUAAUGAAC